GAGGUGCGCCAUCCAUUGGUCUCUGUUUAGGGGAUCCCCAUGAUAAAGUAUUUUGCAGAAGUCUACGAUGAAGUGGAAAGAUUCCAAGCACAUCCUGAUGAUUUACUGAUCUCUACAUACCCCAAGUCUGGAACUACCUGGGUCAGUGAAAUUAUAGACAUGAUCUAUAAAGAAGGCAUUCUUGAAAAAUGUGCACUUGAACCCAUCUACGUGCGAGUCCCUUUCUUGGAAUUUGCUUUUCCUGGUCUCCCUGCAGGCCCUGAACUGCUCAGGGAAGCACCCCGUCCAUGUCGAAUUAAGACACACCUUCCUGUCCACCUGCUCCCCAAAUCUUUCCUGGAAAAGAAUUGCAAGAUCAUCUAUGUAGCCAGAAAUGCCAAAGAUGUGGCUGUCUCAUUUUAUUACUUCUACCAAAUGGCAAAAGUGCACCCAGAGCCUGGAACAUGGGAAGAAUUUCUGGAGAAAUUUAUGGAUGGAAAUGUGUCUUUUGGAUCCUGGUAUGAUCACGUCAAAGGUUGGUGGGACAUUAAGGAAAAACACAGGAUUCUGUACCUCUUUUAUGAAGAUAUGAAAGAGGAUCUAGAACAAGAGAUUCGAAAGAUAAUGGAAUUCCUAGAACGACCAGCUGAUGAAAACCUAAUUAAGAAGAUUGCAUAUCACACCUCCUUCAAGGAGAUGAGUCAGAACCCAAUGGCUAAUUAUACAAAUGUUCCCAUUUCUUUUAUGGAUCACACCAUCUCUCCUUUCAUGAGGAAAGGAGUUGCUGGUGACUGGAAGAACCAAUUCACAGUGGCACAAAAUGAACAUUUCGAUGAGAAUUACAAGAUGCAAAUGAAAGGAACUAGGCUACAGUUUCGAACAGAGAUAUGAUUGUUGUUUCCCCUCCUCCUUGAGUUUGCAUUCCCCCACUCACAAUUAAAAAAAUCAAACCCUAAACAUUUUGUAUAUGUGCCCUGAAUGUAUGUCAGUAAAUUGCAUUAUGCCUUCUAGUUGGUAUGUCUAACAAUAUAUGAGCUGUCAAGGUAGUCUCUUGACCAGGGGUGUCAAAUGAUGGCCCAUGGGAUGGAUGCGUCAUGCGCAGUCUACACCCACUCCAGCUCC